AUGGAAACCUGGUAUAACAAUCAAGACUCAAACUUAGAAAUCACAGGGCAAAACUUUUUUGUAAUGAAACCUUCACAAGACAAAACAACCCGGGGAAAUGUAAAGUCUCCAACAAAUAUAAAUAAACUGGAAUCCAGCACAAGUAUCCCUGCUAAGGAGUGAGAGUUUUUAAACGAGCUGCUUAACAAGCCUGAUAAAUCUCCAAGCUUGCUUGAUCCUAAUGCUAAACGUAACUCAUUGAGUAUUCCUCUAAAAAGCAGAGAAAUUUCUCCUAAUAAAAUUCCAGAAAAAGUUACACAUUUUAUAAAAAAUAGCAAAGGAAUUGUCCUCAGGCAAGCUUAUGCGAAAAAAGGACAAAUUUCACCUUUUCCUGAGCCGAUCCCUGAGUGUAGAAGCUUAAGUGUAAAAGUCCACAGGUGUUUGUCAAAUACUGACGUCAUAAAUGGCUCUUCUCCUCUACAGACUAAGAAAAGCGCUUUUUUAAAGUCAGACGACUCUAUUAAAGAAGAAAAAUUUAAGAUAAAAUCGAAGAAAAUGACAGUAAAAAGAAGGAAAAAAAUUGAAAAUAAUCAGCUAGAAGCGGUCAAAAUAAAUUUAGCUAUUUUAUCAUUGCAGAAAAGCUUUGGAAUUGAAAUAACUCCUAAUGAAAAUCCCACUUACAAGUUUUUUGUCGGCUCCGGCAAUAACCACCAGCUUGUCCUAAAAAUCUUAAAAGCCAAGCCAAAAUGAGAACAAAGCUAUUCUCCUUACUCUGCCAAUCUUAUAUGGACCCAAGUAAAAAGAAAAGAAAUAGUAGAAGUCCUCGAAACUUCAGGGAAAAAAGAAACAAGGGCUAUUGACGUGUCAGAUAAUACCAUUAAUUUUAUCACCAACAGCCAGGAGUUUUGCCACCUAUCACCAUUAUCAACAUUAAUUUCUACCCGUACCAAGCUUUAUAACAGAAUUGAAAGAAACAAUGAGCUUGCCAGCAAAAAAAGGCUUUUUGCCAAUAUGUGCAGCUACUAUGAAUCUAUAAAUAAAAAUCCAUUUAAUGUACUGCCUAUGACUUUCCAUAUAGUAGACGGGACAAGAGACCCAAAUUUUCCUAAACUACAAGAGUAUUUUAAUAGUAUUAAAUCUGAAGCAAAUCUAGUGAACUUAUGAAUUGUAAAACCAGGCGAGCUUACUAACCGAGGAAAUGGAAUAACUGUCUGCUCAACGUUAGAAGAAAUAAUAAACAGAAUAGAAGAGGCUUCUUCAGGGCUUAAACACAGCUAUAUUGUUCAAAAAUAUAUAGAAAACCCUUUAUUAUAUAGAGACAGAAAAUUUGAUAUGCCAUUUUUGAUGAAAAUUGUCCUUAUUUAUUUAUAUAGAAAAAUAAAUCUGUAGUAUUCUCUAUUGAUAGGUAUAUCCGUUGCUAUACAUUAAUUGCAUGCAUAAACGGGAGCAUCCAAGCAUACUUCUACCGUGAAGGCUACUUAAGAACUGCUUGUCAAAAAUUCACCUUGGAUAUCACACAAAAUAAAUUUGUCCAUUUAACUAAUGACGCAGUCCAGAAAAAAUCCCCUGAGUAUGGAAAAUUUGAAGCAGGGAACAAGCUUUCUUAUGAUGAAUUUCAAGAAUAUAUAGACAAUGAAAUACAUGCAAAAGUGAAUUUUAAAAGAGAAAUUUAUCCGAAAAUAAGAAAUAUUGUGCAGGAUACUGUAGCUGCGACGUGUGGAAAAUUAGACCCAAAGCAUAGGCUGCAUACUUUUGAAAUUUUAGGGUAUGAUUUUAUGCUAGAUGAUAAUUUCAACCCUUGGCUUAUUGAAGUAAAUACAAACCCUUGCUUAGCAUUAAGUUGCCCAUUAUUAGGGUCUUUAAUAACAAAAAUGCUAGAAGAUUCAUUUAGGCUUGUAGUUGACCCAGUUUUCCCUGAAGAUUCUCAGUCACUUAUUAUUGAUACUGGGUAUGAGCUAAUUUAUAGCACUGCUAACUCCUACCUUAGGAAUAAAAUUUGGAAAAAUUCAAAAUUUACUAGAAUUGUUGAUAUAUAUAAUAUUUGUAAAAAUAAAUCCCUGCUAAUUCUAUCAAAUUUAGAUCUAAAAACGGCCUUAAAUUAGAUAUUUUUUUAAAGUAAAUUAAAAUUAUUUGAGUGAGUAAGCACUCGUUGCGCAAUAUUAAAGAAGAAGAAAAUUUAGAAGAAAUUUCUGAUGGAGAUGUAAAUUCUGACGUAGAAGCAAAUUAG